AAUUUCGCCGCUGGCCGGGUUCCUCACUUGAAGAGUGUUUCGUUGGUUUUCGUUCUGUUGCUUUCGAACUUUGGGUUCUCUGCGAUGGAGUCGGAAGGGAGGAGUUGUCUCCGUUAGAGGAGCACCCACAGACGCUCCAAGUCCUGAGGUUCACCGAAAGUGGGGAAGGCAGUCGCUUACACUCACCUAAGAGCAAGAAGUGACCACUUCUCAAUACUAAGUAACGGGCAGCAUGCCCAUUCCAAGUCUUUACGCCGCUGAGGGGACGGAGGCUGCAAUGGGAGGUGAUGUGAUAUUAGAGUGUGUCAGUCUGUAAAUGGAUCUGCAUGAAAUGGUAUUCAAGCAAGAAGCCACUACAUAUUCUCAACCUUAAUCUUGGAAAAAAAAAUCACUGACUGAAUCUCUCACCUCCUGAAGCCCAACGGAUAAUUACUGUGCUGGAGAACUAAUUUGCCAACUGAAUGAGAAAAAUUGGUCACCAGAGAACCAGAAAACUCAAAAGAACCUUCUGAGGUCAUCAGAACAUCGAUUGGCCAGAGCAGUGCAGCCUCCUGCCCAUCACUUCCCUCUCUCUGAACGUGGUCUCUGUGAACUGGGAUUUUGGAAGCGGAUUUGCAGGAUUGAUUACUGGGGAGAAUUUUCCCCAAGGAACAGGAAGAAACAGUCUCUUAUGUAACUGCUCAGAAAGGAGGCUUAAAGAAGAUACUAGUUCCUUGGAGUCUGUCCUCUACAGAUGAGAACCACUACCUGAAUUGUUGAGAAGAUGAAUAAUGCAGCAUUUUAACAGGCUCUGAGACCCUUGAAAGAUGGCUUUUAUUAAGAAGCUGAGGCUCAGAGACAUCAAGCUACUUUCCCAAGGUCACUCAGCCAGGAAGUGAAGGAGCCAAGGCACAAAUGCAGACUUCUUGACUUCUCAGAUGUCUGCUAACUCCUAUGGUAAACUAUGAGGAGUCAGCCUAGGAGAAAAGAAGAAAACACAGUAGAAUGAUUUCACAGAAUGAGCUUAGGUAAGAAGAAAGGGAACAAUUAGAAAAGUGAGUAGUAGGAAGAACAAGAGGGACCAAGUGACAUGCAAAAAGUAGACUGAGCUCUGUGUCCAGAAUUAAAAAUGCCGAAGAGAAAAAGAGACUGACUUGGGUUAUAUGACUCAAGAACCCCUGUUGGCUGGAACUGGAACCUGACCUCCUUGUUCUGUCGUCACUGAUCUGCUGAAUGACCUUGAGCUAUCACUUUCAGAAUCAAUGUGUGAUGGGAUGGUACUUCCACUAACAAGCGUAUUUAAAGAAUUAACUGGAGCCCUCUAUCAUACUUAGAAAAGGCCUAAUGGAGGAUGUCAGAAUCACUAAUAUUUCAAUGCAGACACUGAUCUAGGGAAAGAGCUGAGCAGACUGCCAAGGAGCUAAUGGAACAAUUGGAUCAGAGAGUCCCAGAUCAAAGAGCUUUGCCCUCUCAGUAUUCUUCAGGAGAGCCCAUCUUUCUCAUUCUUGAAUGAAGGAGGACUUGGAGAACUGUGAGAGUUAAAGAGGAAAGAACCAAGCUUUGAAUCUAUGGACAACUGGAUAUUGAUCUCUGUUCAUCUACUUCCCAGGUGCCUGUCCUUGGACAAAUUCAACUUAUCUGAGCCUUAGAUUUGUCCUCUUUGAGGGAGAAGAUGAUAUAAUCAGUGUAAAGGUCAAUGUACCAAAAAAGAGAGUUUCAUGAGAGCAGCAAUUUUUGUCUGUUUCAUUCACGGCUGUAUCAUGAGCACCCCCAAGGAGGGCUUGUUACCUGCAGGCAUUCAGUCAGUAUCUGUGGAAUGAACGCAUGGAUGCAUGGGAAGUCCCAGCUGAGGGCCUGACUUAAUAAAAGGAGCGCAACAAAAGCUGCCAUUAUCUCUCACCCACUGGCCCAGCCUCUUUCCUUGUCCUCUCCUGCCUUACCCAGCCCUUCAGAUGGCACAUCCCAUCUUUCAAUAGGGGAUUGCUGGAGAUUUGCCUUCCUAGGCUCAGAGCAUUCGGGUUUGGGCCAGUCUGCAGGAGAGGAGUCCGGAGGUCCUCUGAGCAGCCAGGAGGGGGCAGCAGCCACGUCGCGAUGGUUCCGGCUGGGGAAGGGUGCUCUCGCUGAGGAGAUUGCGGCAGACCCGGAAGUGCUCCGCCACAGUCGCAGCCCCUGCGCCCCGGAGCGGGAAAAAGGCUGGGUGCCGCCGUCCCCCAGCUGCGCAUCCCUAGGAACUCUCGGGCAGGAACUUGGCUGUGUUGUCCUGCCUCAGAGACAAAUUCAUCUGUUGUAGGCCUAGCCUGGGUUGCUGCCUUUGAAAACAAGGAAAGGUUGAUAGAACAUCAACCACAGCAUGGAAUUUCCAGGGAGGUCUCAUUUCAAAACUUCAUAAAGAACAAGAACCACCUGGACUUCUGUGAGGGCGAUGAUUAAACUGGCCUGAGUUUGAAUGAAAGGAUAAUGUGUGCCCAACCUGUAACUAGCACCAAGGAGGUCAAGUGGCAGAAGGUCUUGUAUGAGCGACAGCCCUUUCCUGAUAACUAUGUGGACCGGCGAUUCCUGGAAGAGCUCCGGAAAAACAUCCAUGCUCGGAAAUACCAAUAUUGGGCUGUGGUAUUUGAGUCCAGUGUAGUGAUCCAGCAGCUGUGCAGUGUUUGUGUUUUUGUGGUUAUCUGGUGGUAUAUGGAUGAGGGUCUUCUGGCCCCCCAUUGGCUUUUUGGGACUGGCCUGGCUUCUUCACUGAUUGGGUAUGUUUUGUUUGAUCUCAUUGAUGGAGGUGAAGGGCGGAAGAAGAGUGGGCAGACCCGAUGGGCUGACCUGAAGAGUGCCCUAGUCUUCAUUACUUUCACUUAUGGGUUUUCACCAGUGCUGAAAACCCUUACAGAGUCUGUCAGCACUGACACCAUCUAUGCCAUGUCAGUCUUCAUGCUGUUAGGCCACCUCAUCUUUUUUGACUAUGGUGCCAAUGCUGCCAUUGUGUCCAGCACGCUAUCCUUGAACAUGGCCAUCUUUGCUUCUGUAUGCUUGGCUUCACGUCUUCCCCGGUCCCUGCAUGCCUUCAUCAUGGUGACGUUUGCCAUUCAGAUUUUUGCCCUAUGGCCCAUGUUACAGAAGAAACUAAAGGCAUGUACUCCCCGGAGCUAUGUGGGGGUCACACUGCUCUUUGCAUUUUCAGCCUUAGGAGGCCUACUGUCCAUCAGUGCUGUGGGAGCCAUACUCUUUGCCCUUCUGCUGAUGUCUAUCUCAUGUCUCUGUCCAUUCUACCUCAUUCGCUUGCAGCUUUUUAAAGAAAACAUUCAUGGGCCUUGGGAUGAAGCUGAAAUCAAGGAAGACUUGUCCAGGUUCCUCAGUUAAAUUAGGACAUCCAUUACGUUAUUAAGGCAAGCUGAUAGACUAGCCUCCUAACUAGUAUAGAACUUAAAGACAGAGUUCCAUUCUGGAAGCAGCAUGUCAUUGUGGUAAGAGAACAGAGAUCAAAACAAAAAAGAUGAACCAAAGGCUUGGGUGGUGCGGGUUCUUAUCCUUUCCGUUAUUUUGUGGAUGAAAAUACUUUCUGGGACCCUCUUGAAUUACAUGCUGUAACAUAUGAAGUGAUGUGGUUUCUAUUAAAAAAAUAACACAUUCA